UGCAUAUUUAGCUGAAGAAAAUUACGUUGCGCAAGCGUGGAUUAUAAAGAUCUUUUUUUUCACCCCUUCCCCUAUUGGCAUAUUACAAAUCAUUCAAGAUGGCGAUCUUUCAAAAACCCAUCCUCCGAAUCCGCCAUGUAACGAUCGGAACGGCAUUGGAGGUUACGUUUAAACGUGUCGAUCAGUUAUUGAUAAGCGAGACAGAGAAAGUGUGAGAAAGAAAGAGAGAGAAUCGAAAGUGGAGAUCGAAUCCGAUUAAUCGAAACGGCAAAAAGAUAAAGGAUCUACGACGAGACAGGUGCGACGAAUACGGGACAAUGUGAUCGCGGUGAUCCUUCGUGAUCUUUCGCGCGUUGUGGUGCGGGCGCAGCCGGGAUCUCGGCGCGAAAAUCUCGACGGCUUCGUCCCGUCGCCGCGCGCGCGUUCCGGUUGAGAAUCACUGACGUACCCAAUUCAGUCCCGAUCUCUAACCGAGUUAUUAUAGGAACAGUAGCGCGCAGGAGGCCCGUUCUCGGAGGAUCAUCAUGCGAGGGUCCGUCUGCAGGCAGCUGUGCUAUCGUGUAUAAGGAAGUCUCUGAGCGAUAAAGAGCAACAAAGUCAGAAAUGGAUCCCGCGACAGUGAUAGCCCUUUGUAAAGAGAAUAUCCAGCCGUUACGGUACGGAAGAAAUGCCAUGCAAUUGGGAACUGCGUUGAGGGCACAGGAGGACGCGGAUGCACAACAGUUAUUACUACAGGAAAAGCAAAUGUAUGAGGAUGCGAUUAAGACUUAUGAAGGAGAAGACCCUUUAGAGAAUUGGUACGAAUAUAUUCUUUGGGUAGAACAAAGUUACCCGAAAAAUGGACAUGAAUCUCAUAUCGGGAAACUCUUGCAACAAUGUUUAUCAAUAUUUGAGAAAGAUGUAAAAUAUCAUCAAGAUCGCAGAUAUAUACGUUUGUGGAUUAAUUAUAUAAGUAUGCAAAAGAAUCCUUUGGAAUUGUAUCAGUUGUUGCAUAACAGUGGUAUUGGAACUAGGGUGGCAGAUAUAUACAGGGCCUGGGCUUUCGAGUUGGAACAAAUUGAGGAUGACAAACGCGCGGAUGAAGUUUACUUAAUGGGACUGUCUGUUCAUGCAGAGCCAUACGAGGAAUUGAGUCAUGCUCAUCAAAAUUUUCAAUUUGCUGUCGCGCGCAAAACACUUGGACGUAUUGAGGAAAGAAAUGAUGCUUCUUUGUAUGAACAACGUCAAGCUUUCAGUUCAUUGAGAGCGAUAAGGGCUGGUAAAAGAGUCGGCAAUAUACGGACAGGCCAUCGCGUACGUGAUUAUUAUCCUGGGACUAUACCCCAAAUCUCAACUUCCAUGCAGAAUACAAAGUCCAAUUCUAAAAUACAAAUAUAUCAAGAUGACAUGCCUGGAGAAAUGAAAAGUUCAAGCAUAUUAGAUCAUGUGCCUAUAGAAGAUGUACAUAAAGAAAACACUAUCAAACCUGGACCAUGGAAUAGUGGAAGCAAGAGAGGGCCAUUAAUAGCUCCUACUAUAAAGGCGGGCUUUAAGAUUCAUGAAGAUCAGAAUGAUGAUAUUAAUAUGGAAAAAAUUAAAUUAUUCCCAAAUCAUGUACCUUUUUUGACGGUAGCAAAUGUCAUGAAGGCUUAAGAGUACCAGUAUAUGUAGCAGAUCCAAUAGAUCCAAAUAUUGUACAAAAACCACAUUAUCCCAAAGAACUAGUUUAUGCCGAUAACGUUGACCGCAGUAUGGAAGAAAUUAGAGCACAGCUUUAUU